UCAUUAUGGCUGCUGUGACGGUGUGGCGUUACACCAGCGGCCGUGUCCUCGGAGGUUGGGGCCCGCUGCUGUGUGUCCUCCUCGGCUCGUUGGUGGCCCUCCUGAUGCCCCUGGUCGGGGUGGAGGACGAGUGCUGCGCCGCCCUGAAGGGCAUCGCUCAGCUCCGCUGCCAGCUAUGGGGAAGCUCUCAGCAGCCUCCAGCUGUGCAGUCCACCAGCCUCACCGUCCCCUUCACCGCCCUUGAUCUGCUGCCUCAGAGGUCCAAGCCUAGCAAAGAGAUGGAGCUGGAGGCCAAAGCGGCUUUGCAGCAGGCUCUGGAGAUGAAGCGACUGGGGAAGAGGGAGAAGGCUCACAAGCUGCUGGUGCAUGCACUGAGUAUGAACCCCGACUUUGUGGAUGCCCUGACGGAGCUUGGGACUAUUCUGGAGGAGGAGAAGGAUGUCGUCCAGGCAGACCACCUCUACACCAAAGCAUUGGCCAUCUCUCCAUGUAAUGAGCGGGCUCUGGUCAGCCGAGACCGUACUCUUCCCUUGGUGGAAGAGAUUGACCAGCGUUACUUUGGCAUCAUUGACAGUAAAGUGCGCAGGCUGAUGUCCAUUCCUAAGGGCAACUCUGCACUCCGCCGAGUGAUGGAGGAAACCUACUACCACCACAUCUACCACACAGUGGCCAUUGAAGGCAGCACGCUCACUCUGUCUGAAAUCCGUCACAUCAUCGAGACGCGUUACGCCGUCCCUGGGAAGAGCCUGCAGGAGCAGAAUGAGGCCAUCGGUGUGGAUGCAGCCAUGAAGUUCAUCAACACCACGCUGUUGUCCAGAUCAGGAGCCAUCACUGUCAGUAACAUCCUGGAGAUUCACCAGCGCGUGCUCGGCUAUGUGGAUCCUGUGGAAGGAGGGAGGCUGCGCACCAGCCAGGUCUUUGUGGGCCACCACAUCCCACCCCACCCCCAGGACCUGCAGAGACACAUGCAGGAGCUGGUUCAGUGGCUCAACUCUGAUGAGGCCCUGCAGCUGCACCCUGUGGAGCACGCAGCUCUCGCCCACUACAAACUCGUGUAUGUGCAUCCAUUUGUAGACGGCAACGGACGCACAUCACGCCUGCUCAUGAACCUUGUGCUCAUGCAAGCACGAUACCCACCGAUCACAAUUCGCAAAGAACAAAGAGCUGAAUAUUAUGCAGCCCUCGACACAGCCAAUGAGGGUGAUGUACGGCCUUUCAUUCGCUUUAUAGCCAAAUGUACAGAGAUAACGUUGGACACAUUGUUGAUUUCUACAACAGAGCACGCUGUGGGGCUGCCGGGAGCUGGCCAGGACCAGGCCUGUCCUGACUGCAAACAGACCAUCCCGAUCCACAACUGAAGCAUGAGACACUAGCAUGGAGAGAUAGGUUUUGAUUCAUUUAAAAUCUCUUGUAAUAACAAUCCUAUCAGAAAAUGUGUUGAAUUGCCUUGUCCAUGGGCUGUAUCCUACCUUACUGUCCCUGGGCCUCGGUUUGAGUUCUGUACCUGCUGGAUUCAUAGAAACUGCUGCAGGGUGUUGAAUUGAAAUCUGAUUUUGCUUUGGUUUAGGUUUGCUUACAUACAAGUCUUUUUCCUGCACAAUGAAAAUAAAUGUGAUGUGGUGUGAGGAGGAAAUACAGCUUUCUUAUGUCAUUUGACUUGAGAUGCUUCAGUGAUUUCCACUGCAGAUGUGUGCAGUUUGUCAACAUUUCAUUCACCAUCUUUGGCAUAAAGUUGUCUCGUAACACUGUAAUGCACUUUCCUGUAUUUGAUUAUUUAUUUUAUUUUACAAUAAAAGUGUUGUAUUAAUUUUAAUUAUGUCUUUAGGUUAUAAACUUUUAGAAUGAACAAAGCUGCAAGUGUCAUACUGGGAUGCAAGAUGAUUUACAUGACUUUAUUAAAACAAGUUUUAGACCAGAAAAAAGAGACAUCACUUUUUUUUU